CGGACGAUGAUGAGCGAUGUGCACUAAGGGCGUGCUGAGCGGGGAGUCGAGGGGCGUGUCCACCAUCUCAUCGGCAGUCGAAGAUGUGUUCUGCGAGAGGCUGCAGGCCACGCCCACUAUCACCAGAAGCCAGGAGUCUUCGGAGCAGAUGGUUCCGGCCGCCAAGUCCGGCCGGUCGGCCCGCUCGAGCGGCUGGAAGACUUCCAAGUUCUUCAGCCGGACCAUGUCCUCUGGCGAGAUCCUGCGCGGGCUCAAGAAGCUCUCGCUCGGCUCGGGCCCGGACCCGCCCGGAUGUCCGCCCCCCAAGUCCAAGUCCGGCCAGCUCAAGAAGAGGUCGUCCUGCGGAAACGACGAUCCGGCCGAUGAUCCCAGGGCCAAGAGCCCCCGGAGUCCGGGCUCCUUCCGGCCGCUGAGCAAGGCCAUGUCCCUGUCCGAACCAGGAUCCACCUCCAGGACCAGUAGCCUGGGAAUCGUCUGCAAGAAGGAGGAUCUGAAGGCCAUCCUGGGGACUGCCGGCGGACGCAGGUUCCCCCUCUCCUCCCCCCGGAAGCGGAGGCAGGCGGCGCCCCUUCGCCAGACCAAGUCCGCCUCCUUCGACCAACCGCCUGCUGCAGAGGAACCACUCAGGAAGGAAGCCGUCCGGAGGACCGGCAGCGAAGAGUCCGGCAGCCAGGAGAACAACGAACAGCAGCAGGCGGAGCGGCAGGUGGACGCGCUGAACGCCCGCAACUGCAGCGAGGGGCGUGGCCAGGAGGCGGGGCGGGGCCGGGAGGCGGAGCCCCGCCCCCAGGGCAGCCUGUCGGCCGUCAAGUGGGACGAGUGUGAGGUGGUGGACGCGGUGGCGCUCGGUGGUGCCAUCGAGUCCUUCCUCAAGGGCUCCAUGUCGGGCUCGGAGAAGAAAGUUUCGUUCAGGCGACACUCCGACAGGAAAGCCAAGUCGGACGGUUGA